CCGGGGACGGAAGUUGCACCACAGUACGGCUACUUUCAGUUUUGUUUCUCUCGCAGGUAGUCAACUGCCGGCGGUAGCGGGAUUUCGGGGCUCCCGGGCCCUGCUGGGGAAGUCCAAGGCCGGCUGUGGCUGGACAGACUCAGCACUACCAACGGCCUUUGCAUGCUUACAUCCGGCGCUGUGGAGAAGUGGGGAAGACCGCCUUAUCCUACCAUCCAGUGCCUCCGGAAGCCAGAAUUUCCCCGGCCUCAGCAUGGUCUCCAACAUCUCCUCCCCUACUCUGCUCGAGGCUCUGAGCAGCGACUUCCUGGCCUGUAAAAUCUGCCUGGAGCAGUUGCACACGCCCAAGACACUGCCAUGCCUGCACACCUAUUGCCAAGACUGCCUGGCCCAGCUGGACGUGGGCGGCCGGGUCCGCUGCCCCGAGUGUCGGGAGACCGUGCCUGUGCCGCCCGAGGGUGUGGCCGCCUUCAAGACCAACUUCUUCGUCAACGGGCUCCUGGACCUCGUCAAGGCCAGGGCUCCCGGAGACGUGCACUCGGGGAAGCCAGCCUGCGCGCUGUGCCCUCUGGUGGGCGGCAAGAGCUCCGGGGGCCCCGCCACCGCCCGGUGCCUGGACUGCGCGGACGACCUGUGCCAGGCCUGCGCCGACGGCCACCGCUGCUCCCGCCAGACCCAUAAGCACCGCGUGGUCGACCUGGUGGGCUACCGGGCCGGGUGGUAUGACGAGGAGGCUCGCGAGCGCCAGGCGUCCCAGUGCCCCCAGCACCCCGGGGAGGCGCUCUGCUUCCUGUGCCAGCCGUGCUCGCAGCUGCUCUGCAAGGACUGCCGCCUGGGACCCCACCUCGACCACCCCUGCCUGCCCCUGGCCGAGGCAGUGCGCUCCCGGAAGCCGGGCCUUGAGGAGCUGCUGGCGGGGGUGGACGGCAACCUGGUGGAGCUGGAGGCCACCCGGGUGGCCGAGAAGGAAGCCUUAGCCCAGCUGCGGGAGCAGGCGGCCAGUGUGGGCGCGCAGGUGGAGGAGGCCGCCGAACGCAUCCUCAAGUCCCUGCUGGCCCAGAAGCAGGAAGUGCUGGGACAGCUCCGGGCCCUUGUGGAGACCGCCGAGGAGGCCACCAGGGAGAGGCUGACCAAGAUAGAGAGCCAGGAGCAAGUGGCCAAGGCGGCCGCCGCCUUCGCCCGCCGAGUGCUCAGCCUGGGCCUGGAGGCCGAGAUCCUGUCGCUGGAAGGGGCCAUCACGCAGCGCCUGCGCCAGCUCCAAGAGUCUCCCUGGACACCCGGGCCCACCCGCUGCGUGCUGCCCAAGCUGCAGCUGCACCCUGGGCUCCAGGACAAGAACUGCCACCUGCUGCGACUCUCCUUCGAGGAACCAAAACAGUCCCGGGGGGACAACGAGAAGCUUGGAGCCGCCGGCACCCAAGGAGGAGAUGAGGCUCGAAGCCAAGCGGAAGAGAGAACCAGGACAGUAGGGAAGCAGGGCGGAGCCCAGUCCCCGUGCAAGGAUGCAGCCCUGACUCCCAAAGAAGGCAAAGCCCAGAACCCCCAGGAGGAUGACGACGUCCAUGUCGAGAGGGGGAGCAGACCUAACAAGAAGAAGAAGGCCAAAGGGAGGGGCAGGCCCCCUUCUCGGGAGCCCAGCCCCAUCCUCAGGCCAGCCCUGGAGGGUGCAGCCCUCCUCCCCCGGCCCGUGUUUUCCUGGAGCUUCCCCACGAGGAUGCCCGGCGACAAACGCUCCCCUCGCAUCACCGGGCUCUGUCCCUACGGCCCCCAGGAGAUCCUGGUAGCGGAUGAGCAGAACAGGGUCUUGAAGCGCUUCUCGCUCAACGGCGACUACAAGGGCAUGGUGCCGGUCCCCGAAGGCUGUGCCCCGUGCAGCGUGGCCGCCCUGCAGAACGCGGUGGCUUUCUCCGCCAAUGCGAGGCUCUAUCUCGUCAGCCCCGAGGGGGCCGUCCAGUGGCGCAGAUCCCUGAGCCAAACCCAGUCCAGCCACGCCGUGGCCGCCAUGCCGUGUGGAGAGCGGGUGGCGGUCAGCGUGGCUGGCCACGUGGAGGUGUACAAGGAGGAGGGCAGUCUGGCCACCCGGUUUAUCCCGGGGGGCAAGGCUAGCCGGGGCCAGCGGGCCUUGGUGUUCCUGACCACCAGCCCCCAGGGCAAUUUUGUAGGGUCGGAUUGGCAGCAGAACAGCGUGGUUUUCUGUGAUGGACUAGGCCAGGUGAUCUGGGAAUACAAGGGCCCCGGCUUACACGGCUGCCAGCCAGGUUCUGUGUCUGUGGAUAAGAAAGGCUACAUAUUUCUGACCCUUCGAGAGGUGAACAAGGUGGUGAUCCUGGACCCCAAGGGGUCAUUUCUUGGUGACUUCCUAACAGCAUAUCAUGGCCUGGAAAAGCCCCGGGUAACCACCAUGGUCGAUGGCAAAUACCUAGUGGUGUCCCUCAGUAACGGGACUAUCCACGUGUUUAGGGUCAGGUUUCCUGAUAGUUAAAGGCGCUUGGGGCUGGG